AUGUUUGGUACCGUAUUCUUGAUCAGCUUCUUCUCCGACCAAUGCAUGGAACUGUUCGGAUCAAAUUAUACUCUCACUGAAACCUACAAAUUGGUUGGUGCAGUUCAGAAGAAGUACGGUGGAACAGCCGCCUAUAAGGGCAACAAGGUUGUGUUUCCAAACGGUUCGAUCGAUCCAUGGAAGUCACUUGGCCUCCCUGUUGGAGAUCCUGACAAGAACAUAGAUGCUUUUAUAAUUGAUGGUGUGGCUCAUUGUGCUGACAUGUAUCCAGCCUCACCAAACGACAAGCAGUCACUGACAGAUGCCAGAGCACGGAUUCUGAACAGCCUUAACACAUGGAUUGAAGACGCUCUUAAGCCAACAGGUAUGUUUCCCAUGAAAUUGUUCUGCAAAUGUCAACACAGGGAAAUGCUAAGAAGUAGUGUCAUUUCAGGAAGUGUCUCCCGCCUAGGACUACUCACCACGGCGAUCUUUGUUUUGAUAUCGUGGUGUUUAUGA